UUAUUUGCGCCACAUUCACGAGAUAGAUUGUGGUACUACUACUUGUACAUACAUAUAGCCUGUCUACUUAAUAAUAAUUAAACUACUAGGCUAAACUGAAGCAAUUCUGAUCUUUAUCUCUGAAAGUAAAUUUAUAUUAUUACAUCUACUACUGUUGCAAAAUGACUGGAGGUAAUACUACAACUUCAAAAAAAUGCUCGAAGAAAUCCAAACAAGAGGUACAUACCGCUGCGGCAGUCGUCAACAUUGAAAAGGUGCUGUUGAAUCAGGGAUUCGAAGUUGGCAAGACCAUCGGCGAGGGUGCCUACUCAAAGGUUAAGGAUGGUUGGUCGAAUUUACACAAUAGACAGAUAGCAAUCAAGAUUAUUAGUCUAAAAGAUGCUCCCGGUAGGUACAUGAAAAAGUACCUUCCGAAUGAACUUGAAAUCAUCCGGAAAGUAAAGCAUGAACGAGUGAUUGAAGUUUUAUCGGUCAUAGAAUGUGAUGCACACAUUUACAUUGUGAUGGAGAAAGCUGUUCACGGGGACCUCCUUGCACGAAUUGAACUGUUUGGUCCUGAGACAGAAAAGGGGGCUCGGCGGACUUUUAAGGAGAUUCUCGAGGUUGUCGAAUACUUUCAUGAAGAGGGUAUAGCGCACAGAGAUUUGAAGUGUGAAAAUAUACUUCUAGACCAAAACAAUCAUGUGAAACUAUCAGACUUUAGUUUUGCAAGAAACUGUAAAUCUGGUGAUAAAUGCAGCACAUUUUGCGGGACAUUAGAAUACAUUGCACCAGAAGUUCUGCGACAGGACGAUUAUGAUCCACGGGUUGCAGAUAUUUGGAGCAUAGGUGUUAUUCUCUACAUAAUGUUAGUUGGUCAUCGACCAUUUAAUACUGAAAGUAUUCCAAAGUUAAUGAAAGAACAAAAAGAAGGUGUUACAUUUCCAGACUCGUGCAAUUUGUCAUCUGAGGUGAAGGAAUUGAUGAAGUCCAUGUUGACAAUUGAUGUUGAGGAAAGGACAAACAUUUGUAACAUUCGCAAUUCUGAAUGGAUGCAAUGAUAUUUUAUAUUAAGUCUGUAACACCUUUAUGAACAUUAAUUGAAUCCGCAUGCAAUUACAAAGAUGCCUUAGGACUACUUUAACUAUGCUAGCCCUAGGCCCUAUAUAGCAAUUUCAAUUCCAGGUAUAACAUAAUUUAUCAAAUGUUCAAUGAUUGCAUGUUAUGAUUUGACAGUAAAGAGGAUGAACUCGGUUGGUAAUGUGUGCAAUAUAAUAACCAGGUUUCCCCUUUUACGCAACACUACUUAUUUAAAUAAAAUAAAGUAUUUUUUUUAUUUCUCACUUUAAGCCUAGAAGAUAUUUCUACCUAAGAAGAUCAGAUAAGCUUACAGUAAACAUUUACAUUACUGUAUAUAUAAUUUAUGUAACAUAUAGGCCUACUGACAUAUGUUUUUGAUAUAAUAUUCCCAUAGUUUAUUGACAAGGUAAAAGACUCUGAACAAUUGAAUACAGUAAAUCAAUUUUUCCAAAAUCAAAAUAUCUACAAAGAAUUGAUCCUAUGCCAAACAAAUUUCAGACGUUAACAAACGUUCAUUUAAUAGAUGAUGAACCAGACAGUAUUGGUUCAACUUAAAAUCUAUGCAUUGAGUUUUAAACAAAGAUACUUCCUGGUUUCUUAGGACAUGGUUGUUAAAGUUUAUUUUAUUUAAAUUCAGUUUUCUGUUAAAAUGUUUUAAUAAGGGUAUAUAGAGUUUAUAUUUUUGUUAUAUAUAAUGUUUGUUCUAAGAACAAUUUACAUAGUCUUGAUUUAACUAUAUAGGACUGUAUUGAAUAUUAAAUUUGUUCAAUUUUACAGUUAAUAAUUGUUAUCAUUAAUUAAUUUUGGUGACGUUUGCAGUUACUCUACCAGGAAGAUAUUUAAGGAUGAAUUUCAAUGACUCAUAAUCAUGGAGCUACUCCAUAUGACUCUAUAAUUUGACAUCCUUUUUUAUAUUCAGAGUACUGUACAAUCAAAUUUAAUUGGUUAAUAAAUCCUGGUUAAUGACCACGUACUAUAUAAACACAUACUGUACUCUUAUACUUAGAUUUGUGGUAUAAAGAAGAUUGUGGACACCUAUAAACACUUAAUUUACAGUAUUUUCAUGCCUUGUUUCAUUAAAAAUGUCAUUGUUUUUGUUGUAAAUUGUUAUUCCUAAGAGGAAGAAUAAAUUUGACAUAAAUCUUUA